CUCAACAAUUAGAAAAAUGGCAAAGCACGAGGACCUCCCUGUCCCAAUUUACGAGGCGCUGGACGCAGUGUACGGCGAAGGGUCUCAGCUGGAAGUAGAACGGCGUCGUUACGAUGGCUUGCGGUGCAAAUUUGCGGAGCUGUUCGGUCACCCUCCCGAGGUGAUUGGUCGGUCACCGGGAAGAGUGAACUUGAUCGGUGAGCAUAUCGACUACGAGGGCUAUUCCGUCUUGCCUAUGGCCAUUCGCCAAGACACCAUCGUUGCCCUUCGCAAAGUCCCAAACCAAAACAUUCUAAGGAUUGCUAACACCAACCAUCACAAAUAUCCCAUGUGCACUUAUCCUGCUGAUCCUAAUCAGGUAUUGGACUUGAAGAAUCACGAAUGGGGCCAUUAUUUUAUUUGUGGGUACAAAGGAUUUUAUGACUACGUAAAAUUGAAAGGAUUGGAUGUUGGUCAACCAGUUGGGCUUGAUGUUCUUGUUGAUGGAACAGUUCUGACUGGGUCGGGACUAUCAAGCUCUACCGCUUUUGUUUGUUCUUCAACAAUUGCUGUUAUGGCCGCUUUUGGUUUGAACUUCCCUAAGAAAGAAAUUGCAGAACUUACGUGUGAAUGUGAAAGAUAUAUUGGAACACAAUCUGGAGGAAUGGAUCAGGCAAUCUCUGUCAUGGCCAAAGCUGGGUGUGCUGAGCUGAUUGAUUUUAACCCUAUCCGUGCAUCAGAUGUCCAACUUCCAGCUGCUGGGACAUUUGUGAUAGCUCAUUCUUUGGCCGAGUCUCAAAAGGCUGUCACUGCCGCUACAAAUUAUAAUAAUAGGGUUUUUGAGUGCCAUUUGGCAUCAAUUGUUUUGGGUAUAAAGCUAGGAAUGAAACCACAAGAGGCAAGUUUCAAAGUUAAAACACUCUCUGAUGUGGAAGGGCUAUGCUCAUCAUUUGCAAGUAGUCAUAAAUCUUCUGAUCCUGUCCUUGCUGUCAAGGAAUUUUUGAAAGAAGAACCAUACACAGCUGAGGAAAUUGAGAAAAUUACUGAGGAAAAGCUCACCUCAAUUUUUAGCACUAAUCCAAUUUAUUUGAAUGUCAUAAAAGUUGCCGAGCACUACAAGCUACAUCAGAGAGCUCGCCAUGUGUAUUCUGAAGCCCAGAGGGUACAUGCUUUCAAGGAUAUUGUAUCAUCAAAACUAAGUGAGGAGGAGAUGCUGAAGGAGAUCGGUGACCUUAUGAAUGAGAGUCAUUAUAGCUGUAGUGUUUUGUAUGAAUGCAGUUGUUCAGAGUUGGAGGAGCUCAUCAAAAUUUGUCGCCAAAAUGGUGCACUUGGGGCAAGACUUACUGGAGCUGGAUGGGGUGGUUGUGCUGUUGCUUUGGUUAAAGAGAGCAUCGUUCCACAAUUUAUCCAUAAUUUGAAGGAACGUUUCUAUCAGUCUAGGAUCGACAAGGGUGACAUCAGCAAGAAUGAUCUUGACCUUUAUGUAUUUGCCUCCAAGCCUUCCAUUGGUGCUGCCAUUUUCAAUAUAUCAAUUCCUUGAUCUUUUUAACUUUCCAAGGCUGAAAACAUGAUGCAAUAAUCUCUGAUAGAACAAAAUUUCAGUUCGUGUGACAUUACUUCUCAUAUUUCAAACCAAUAAUUAACUUAAAGGGAACAAUGUUGUUGCCAGUUAGCAGUGUAGUCAGCUUAUGUUAUGAUAUAGAAGAGCUAU